AUGGCUGCUUUGAGGGGUCCCAUCCAGAGUCUCUGUGAUGAAGCUACUUGCUCCAUCUGCCUGGAGUAUUUCAAGGAUCCAGUGACCAUUGCAGAGUGUGGGCACAACUUCUGCCGAUCUUGCUUGGUCCACUGCUGGGGAAAAUUGGAGGCAGAAGUUUCCUGCCCUCAGUGCAGAAUGACUGUCCAGCGAAGGAGCCUCAUCUCCAACCGGCAACUGGCCAACGUGGUAGAAAUAACCAAGAAGCUCAGCCUUCCCCUUGGGGAAGUGAAGGUCUGUGAGAAGCACCAGGAGGCCCUGAAACUCUUCUGCAAAGUACAUGCGUCCCUCAUCUGCAUGGUGUGUGACAGAUCCAAGAAACAUGAAAAUCAUGAGGUGAUUCCUCUAGAGGAGGCCACUGAACAGUACAAGAGACUGAUCUGCAGCCGCCUGGAGAUUGUGAGCAAAGAGAGAGAGAAAAUGCUGGCCUAUCAAGCAGACCUGGAAACAAGUCAAGACCUCCUUAAAUUAACAGAAACUGAGAAGCAGAGGACAGUGGAGAAGUUUAGACAAAUGCGCCAGUUUCUGGAAGAACAGGAAAAGCGUCUGCUGAAUGAGAUAGAAGAGGGAGAGGAGAUUUCCAGGAGAAGGGAUGGGCAGCUGGACAGACUCUCCAGGGAACUCUCCUCAUUGAAAGUCAUCCAGGAGAUGGAAGAGAAACGACAGAAGCCAGCGAGUGAAUUCCUGCAGGUAAAACGGCGGGAGGAACAGCACAAGGCUCCACUCCGGGACAAGGCUUCCUCCCAGGGCCGUCUUAAGUAUGAGGCGCCCUGGAGCGGCUGGGCAGCUUGCGCUCCGCCAGGAAGCUGGAGGGCGCAGCCGGCCAACUCGCGCUCCGCGCUCGCUGGGCAGCUGGAGGCUGAAUGGCUCUCCAAACUCUGUGAUAUAAAUAGUAUGCUGGAGGAUGUGAUGAAGCAAUUCAAAGACUCUCUUUUAUUCAGACAACAGCUUCAGAAAGCAAAUGUCACUCUGGAUCCAGACACAGCCCAUCCCUGCCUCAUCCUGUCCGAGGAUCGGAAAAGCAUGAGAUGGGGAGACAAAAAGCAAGACCUGCCUGACAAUCCUGAGAGAUUCAAUGACUGGCCUUCUGUGUUGGGACGUGAAGGAUUCACAGCAGGCAGACAUUUCUGGGAAGUCACUGUGGGAAGUGAGGGAGAAUGGGCUGUAGGGGUUGCCAGGAAGUCUGUGAGGAGAAAGGACGACUUUCUCUUGAGAAUAAUUAAUACCUUCUGUGAGUUAAGUUAUGAGGAAGGGAUCUGGGCUGUGGGGAAAUUGAGAGGUAAGUACAGGGUCUGCACCUCCCCUGAUUCCUCUCCUCUGUCCCUGAGUGCGGAACCCAGGAGGAUCCGAAUAACUCUGGACUGUGAAGCAGGGGAGAUGUCUUUUUCUGGUGCUGACUCAGGAGCCCAUCUCUACACGUUCUCAGUAGCCUCGUUCUCUGGAGAGACCCUCCUCCCUUUCUUUUACCUGAGGGGAGAUAAAAUCCACCUCAGGAUCUCCUAA